AAUUAGGAGCCAUGGGAAAAGGAGAAGAGAAGAUACAAGUAAUUCAUAGAAUCACAAAAUCUUCAUCAGCUUGUUUUCAUGGCGACAACAAAUACGAUAAUAAUGAAGUAUUUUCUGGUCGUGACCAUAUUCCCCUUGAUCUAACGAGAGAAAUACUUAUAAGACUACCUGCAAAAUCUAUUUCGAGGUUUCGUUGUGUAUCAAAGUUAUGGUUAUCUAUCACCACCCAACAAGAUUUCAUCGAUUCAUUUGCGGUUCUACAAUCAUCAAUUCCUCCCCAAAGUCUUCUUCUCACCUUCACCAGGGAAGAUAACAUGAAGACGCAUGUCUUCUGCAUGCUGCCGUUUCGUAAGAACUCUACAAGUUAUAAUGAUGUGAACAAGUUUGAUAUGACGCCCCCUAUCAAAGAUUGUCGAUACAGCUGCAGUAACAUUUCUAUCAAUGGCUUGAUCACUUUCAACACCAAGACAGAGACUGUAAUUUGGAAUCCCACCACGAAAGAACAUAUAACCGUGCUUAAACCUAAAACCCCUAAGCCCGUACGUAGCUUCUUAGGAUACGAUCCUAGGGAGAAUACAUAUAAACUACUAACAAUGUCAUGUUCUUAUAUAAGACAGGAAAAAUAUCAAGACCCUCAAAUUCUUACAUUAGGAUCUCAAGAAUCAUGGAGGGUGAUCAAAAAUAGCCCUGAUCAUCAGCCUCGAAGUGAUUAUUAUUGCAUCAACGGAGUUGUGUAUUAUAAAGCAGAUAUAUCUUUCGCAGAAGAUCGAGACGAUCAUAGGAUUGUCCCUGCGUUGUCCAAAGCAUUCUUGGCUAUGAGAUUGAAGGACAUCAUUAUGAGUUUUGGUGUGAGGAUGCUGAAAAACAAGAGUGGUCAGAAAAUGAAUUUGUUUUACCUUUGCCUAUAAGAGAUUUGCGUGGGAGUCGUUGGUUAAAGGGGGGCACUAGUACCGGUGAGUUUAUCUAUGUAUGGGGAAAACUCA